CACAACACUGGGCCGGCGCCUGUUCGUCCCGUGCCCCUGCUCGCUCGCUUGUGUCCGUACAGAACCCCUCCGUGCGCCACUUUCGCUUGUGCGGUGUAGCAGUGUAGCAGCUCCCUCUUCGACGACGCUUUCCCGUGUGCAAGUGUCAGCCGGCAGGCGGUAGGAGGCUGCAAGAAAAAAGGCGUCGUGCCCGGAACAAGCAAAAGGCAGCUAAGCUAGCAUCGACGCGGUGGUGUACUACAACUACUACGGCUCCUUUACAACCACCAAGCACUUCGCCACCGGCCGCGUCUCUUCGCCGCCUGCCCUCGCUCUCGGCGUGCUUCUCCUGCCCAGUGGUUGUCUUGCCUGCAUGUGUGUGCGUGACGCUGUGCCAAGGUAGUUUUUGGAACAACACUCCGACUGCUUCUAUUUUUGCGGUGUUCAACCCCGGCCUUCGGCGCACGUCUCGCGCGCGGCCCCAACUCCUACGCCGACGACACCUCGGAACGAUCCGCGAUGGAGGAUCUGGACGCCCUGCUCGCCGAUCUGCAGCAGACGACGGCGAGUCUGAGCAACGGCUCGUCACCUUUGUAUUCGAGCAUUAACAGGCCGGGAGUUCUUGGGAAAGACCACAACAUGAGCCACACCGUUACGACAGAGCGCUACGACUACAAACCCUCCCCUGACAAAACGUCGCCCAUCUACCAGAACCAGUACAUCGUACGUGAAGUCACAACUACAACUACGAAUCGAACCACGUCACCGUCAUCGCCGCGCAGCCGUGGCCUGUUAGAUGGGGCAGCCAGUCCGCCAACUCCAAGGCGCUCGCCCAUCUCCAACAACCUGUCGGAGCUGGACAACCUCUUGGAAGACCUCAACACAGCCAAGUUCCCACAUGCAAUCACACCUUCGCCUCCAAUGUCAAGAAGUAGAGUCACUGAGGUCACCACCACGCGCGAGGUCUCGCAUGUGCCGAACGGGAGGUCCCUCUCACCAUCAUCGCCAGUGCGGUAUCGGCCACCCUCAUCACCACGUUCUUACGAGAUGGAACCUACAAUGGAGAACCUCCUCGACGACCUUCAAAAUGCCGUUCCACAGCCAAGUCGAGGAGUUCCAAGGACACCACAGAGUCCCAAGGCACAACGUAGCUACGGCACCCCAACUCCAACCGCAUCGUCUGCAACAAAGGAACUUGAUGACUUGAUGGCAUCACUUUCAGAUUUCAAUCUGAACGGGCCACAGGCUCAGUCGCCCAUCCAGUCCCAGCAGCGGCAACAGCUGCACGGCUCACCGACGCCCGUGAGCGACCCGGCGUACGCCAAGCCCCACCGGCUGAACCGGCCCAACCAGCCACCCGGCAACAAGCUGGAUUCCAUGUUGGGAACCCUGCAGUCGGACCUCACAAAACAGGGGGUCACCACGACUGCCAAGGGGCACUGCUCCGCAUGUUCUAAGCCCAUUGUCGGCCAGGUGGUCACUGCCCUGGGUCGCACAUGGCACCCCGAGCACUUUGUGUGCGCUCAUUGCAACCAAGAGCUGGGUACCAAGAAUUUCUUCGAGCGGGACAAUGAGCCGUACUGUGAGACAGACUACCACAACAUCUUCUCCCCUCGAUGCGCCUACUGCAACGGACCCAUCCUGGAUAAAUGUGUGACCGCCCUGGACAAGACAUGGCACCCGGAGCACUUUUUCUGUGCCCACUGUGGAAUGCAGUUUGGCGAGGGAGGCUUCCACGAGAAGGACGGCAAGCCUUACUGCCGUGACGACUACUUCGAGCUGUUCGCACCCAAGUGUGGCGGCUGCAACAGGCCAAUCACUGAGAACUACAUCUCGGCCCUGAAUGGCCAAUGGCAUCCUGACUGCUUUGUCUGCCGUGACUGCAGGCAACCAUUCAAUGGCGGCAGCUUCUAUGACCACGAGGGGCAGCCCUUCUGCGAGACACACUAUCACGCCAAGCGGGGCUCGCUGUGCGCCGGCUGCCACAAGCCCAUCACCGGCCGCUGCAUCACAGCCAUGUUUCGCAAGUACCACCCCGAGCACUUCGUCUGUGCCUUCUGCCUCGGCCAGCUGAACAAGGGCACCUUCAAGGAGCAGAACGACAAGCCCUACUGCCACGCCUGCUUCGAGAAGCUCUUUGGCUGAUGGCGCCUUCCUUAUCCCAAGACCUGUGCGCCGAGGGCACCACUGUUGCUGCUGCUGAACACUAUAGUCAGCAACAACCUAAGAAUACAGUAGCAAGUACACCGUUGUUCAACUCGAAGAGAGUUGAUACGGAUGCGCCAGCCAAUUACGUUCCCUCAUUUUGGCGACAUCACGGCCGAGGCAGACUUCUUUCAACAUCCAUCUGCAGCAGUGGCUCAGUGUCUAUGACGUUGUGCUAGCGCUCGAGCAUGAGGUCGCGGGUUCGAUUCCUGCCCACAGCAGCCGCAUUCUGAUGGGGGCGGAAUGCAAAAGCACUCGCGUAAUUAGAUUUAGGUGCACGUUAAAGAACCCCAGGCGGUUUAAAUUUAUCUGGAGCCCCCAAAACUACAGCGUCUCUCCAGGCUUGUUUGUUGCUUUUGGAUGUUAAACUCUGUAAUUUUAUUUUAUUUGCUUUUUCAGUGUCCGUGGCAUCUCUCGGGAACUAUUUGUUUGAGUUUGGAAGUGCAGAGGGCAGGUUCAGUGCAGUUUUUGUGGGCGGAGCUUGUGCCGAGUUCUUAGGUUGUCGCUGAGUGUACACGUGAAGCUAGUGCAGACUUCUGCUUGGACUGAGCCUAAAAUCCUGUCUACUCGCAUUCCCAGUUUGUUGGGAGUUUUCAUUUUGGAAGGGACGAUGCCAGUUGGAAUUGGCACUGCCGGGCAUACCCGUCUGUAAACUGAUAGCGUGUUUUCUUUGUAUGUCUCGAUGUGUAAAAUCAUGCCAGAAUGAAACACAAACUGGAAGAAACAAAGCAGAAUCCCGUUUACAUGUGUGCAACAUGUGAUUGUGGUGUAACUGAAUGCUAGGUACACACCAGUGUCGCACACACCAGUGUCGCACACACCAGUGUCGCACACACUGGCCAGUGUGAGAAGAGCAAUGUUCCACCUUCUUCUGGUUAGCUUUCUCGUGUUCACUUUUCAGUACGGCGCAAUGGAACCAUAAAUGGCCUGUUGCACUGCACACGUUCCACUACAGUUCCAUGUAGUACUGUAAUAACAACUGUUGUUGGAAUGGUGUGUACAAAACAAUGCAAGCAUGCAAUAGAGAUGAGGGCUACAACUCGGCAACAGUUUUGCAUGUUGUGUUCAGCAGCAGCAGCAGCAGCAGCAACAGUUGCACGACUGCAGAAAGUGGCUGUGUACUUCCAUGCAACUUUUUUCUGCAAAUGUUAAGUUUUUAGCUUGACUUUUCUUCUUCUUUUCUUCUUUUUCGCAGUGAUUGUUCCGUUUCAUCCUGUCAACUAAUUAAUAAGUGAGUGUAUUGUAGCCCUUCUUCCUUUGGGCUAUGUAGGGCUUAUGCUUUGCAACCAACUUGCAACAGAUAGGAAAAAGCCAAGUCAUUAUUGGAAGCUCCUGCCCACAUCUCAUAUUUCAACAGUGUUUUUGUCCAUCUGCAUAAAUAGUGCCACCAGCUUGACUAGUGCUACUAGGUCUAGGACUUCUUUUUGUAACUGCUGACCGACUGUUUUAAUCCAGCUGUGAAUGCAGUUUACAGACUGGAAUAUGCUUUGCGAGGUGUAUUUAUGCAGCCUAACCAAACUAGUGUGACAAAAAAGCACAUGGGAAAAAGCUUGUCGCAAGUUUGCCUACCUAUGGAGAACGGUUGUAUAUGUUGUUGAGAUGAAGCCUUCAGCGUAGGCUUUCUGCAAGACAUUAGACGAUUGCGUUGAAUUGGCUCUGUGCUUGGUGACCUGAAGCUAUAGAUACUUUUCGGAAACAAAUCACAUUUUAGCUAAGCAUUUCUUGACAGGCAUGGAACUCCUUGAUGUUUUUACUGUUGGUGUUUUAAAUGUGGGCAGUUUUCUUAUCACAAUUCUUUAUUCCCCCUUUCAUGUACAUGUACAAUGCAUUACUCAAUUAUUCCCUGGCUCGAAGCUUGUUGUAAAGAGCUUUUCUGUCCUGACCUGUCAUGUUAUUGGUGUUUCUGGUUGCACUUCGUGCAGCCUUCGGCAAUGUUUCGUAUGUCCGUCAUUUAUUUUGCAUCUCUUCUCAUCAUGUUUGGUUAGGAGAACCCCUAAUGCAGGAAUCGCAUGCAAGUCAUACAUUGACACUGUAUGGAUGACAAGCCAGUAUGUAUCUCUCUGCUCUGAGCAAUAUAACUGAGCUUCGAAGUAGAAAUAUACUUUUGAAAAAAUUGCAAUUUACGCCACAGUCAUGCUGCAUUGGCAAACAAAGAACACGCAAGUGACAGGUAACUUGAAUUCACAUGGUGAUUUCUGGUUGCACAUUUCUAGGAUGAAUUUUAACUUUUUAUAACUUUAUAUUGACGAAAAAAAUAAUAAAAAAGAUGAAACUUCUCCACAAGAAAGCUGAAGUUACAGGGACAAGAUAAUUUAACAGCUUUACUCAAACUACAACCCAUUCAAGUCUUUUGGGCCUUUGUCGAGGGUAGAAAUACCACUUUGCUGUUGUUAUUGCCAGCCCCGCCUUUUUGUCACAGUGAGUGAUCAAAAUUAAAUAGCGUUGAAUAAAAAGAAUUGCAUUGCGCUAGCGAAUGUGACAGUGCAAAAGAAAAACCUAUAUGUACUCGACGUUAUCAAAGUUGAUGACAUAGAUUUCCACAUUUUCGUAACUAAUAAUGAGAAACGUUUUUGUGCCUCAUUUAGCAGGUGCAGUAGUACUACCUUGUUAUAGGAACUCUGGAUAUAGUAAAGUUAUGUGCCAGUCUCUGUCGAUUUAUUACGCCUUCAGCUGCAGAUAAGAAAAUUCCUUAUGUUUUUAACAGCCAGGCCCAGUAAACUACAAUGGCCAUCAUGGUGCUGUUUCUAGCCAGAUCUGCCCUCCUGAAGUGACUCCAGGGUUUAAAUCCAGAAUUUGGCGGUACAUACCAAACACUACCCAAUGCCUGGAGUGGUCCUUCUGGUGGACCUCCCUCCAAGAUGACAUCGCUCGAUAAGUUUGCAGUUUGCGACACUUCAAAGUUGCACUGAAUGUGGAGGGAUCUGCUGUCGGCUAGCUUGGUGAUUUAAGGGUUUGGCAUAGAUCGGGGGGCUUUUGUAAAGUAGAGCUCCUGAUACAGUAAACUUUUUUUUUCUGUAUUCUGACCCGUUCACUAUAACAAGUGGUCCUACUGUAUCAUCUAGUGUUGCAAGAUACUGUGCCAACGAAUUCUACACUUCCAUAAAUGUAUACUGCUCAUGUUUCUAUCUCAACGAAAGUGUAGCUGAGUCGGUGUUUCACAUCAAUGACACUGAAAGCUCACGUACUGGUAAAGCUGCAUGACACACUACUCUCGUUUUUGGGUUGUUGGCUGGUACCUGAGAUUUUCUUUUUUUAUUAUUUCUUUUAGUGUAAAGCUUCGUUUUGUAGUUUCUCCUACAGUGAGUGUUUGUGCGCAUCUCUAAAGGUUGUGGUCUGUGUUGGGCACAAGUUACCCCAAUUUCAUGACAAAACACUGUGAAGUGCAUCCUACUGCAUACGUGAUCGUUUUUUGGCAGCCACAUACACAUGGAAGACAUUUUUACACUUGUGCGGCAACUGCAGCAAUCGCAAAGAGUCUUUGUGCACUAGAGACCCGUUUACCGUCGGUCAUUUGAUGUUUUGAUUGUACUGAAGUGCCCUCAUGUAGCAUAUUUCAUUAGCCACGCCAGUGAGAUCACGUAUACAAAUGUCCACACUUCUCUCUAGAGUGUUCGAACAAUGCGCUACAAGCCAAAUAAAGUGUAAUGCUGCACUGCCUGCUGGGUUCAAGGUACCAGGCUCGAGAUAAUGCAACAUGUGCAUCCACAUGGCUGCUCUUUUACUGAAAUUGAGCGUCUGUACCCAAAUAUUGUUUUUCUUGUUCCGCAGCACAGCGCUCAAGCGUUCUAGACAGAUGUGUGGAUGUAUGUACCAAUUACCCAACCCUACGCUUGCUCACUGCCACAUAUUUUUGGCAGUGUGCGCUUAGUAACUUCGCCACUCGCACAUCCGUGUGCGAGAUGUGUACAACUUUCUUGGCAACUGCGCUUUACUCCUGUACUCGGGGUGAUGACACAAUAUUUUAAUCUGGGGUUUCUAUCGGCCUUUUUAUGCACAUUUAUAUAUUGCUGCAAGAUGAUGCUACUAUAAGGAUGUGGGUGGGUUUUUUCGUUCGUAUAAUAGCAACAUGCUUCAAUAAUAUUAUUCACAACGGAGCAUGCUAGGCCUUAUCAGUGCUUUUCUCCAUCAUAAAAGUCAUCCACGAAUAGAAGUUGCUAAGUCAUGUUGAAAUUGUGUUGCAUAUCUGCAUAUUGUGUAUUGAGGGUUGAGCAGUCUGUGUGUGUACAUCUUUGAUGAUGCACAAGAUGGCAUGUGCAAUUUUUAGUGCCGCCAGCGCUGUACACAGUGUUUGUGUUUUGUUUUCUUUUGUCAGAAGCUGCUACCACCUUCACAUUGUGGCUGUAAUAUCAAGGCCUAACAAAGAAUGCCUUUGUUUGUUA